AUGGCAGGGUCAGGUACCUUCUUCACCGAUACCCCGUCAGUAGACAACACCCCAGAGGCUGAUGAGGUCGAGGAUCCCCACGACCUCUCCUUCUCUUCCAACCAUAUCCUGCGUGCUUCGAUGGUGGACAAUCUGGUCAUGUCCCUUGAUCAAUUCUCCAGUGGCGCAUUUGACGACUCACCAUACACGCCUCGUAGCAAUAGCUAUGACACCGGGGCAAAAGAAAUCCGCAAGAGAGGCCACACUUUUUCCUCGUCUGUAUCGUCAGAAGGAGAUGUUCAUGACCUCAGGAGCAUGCCCAAGCCUCCAGAAACUGUCCCUCGCAUCCCUGCACGCAAUAGUGUGAGAUAUCAGAAAAAUGUCCAACGACUACCGAGUAUCUUCGGCGAAGAUGAGGACUCAGUACGCUCCAAGGUGUAUGACGCCCAGCGAGCGACUCAGCCCGGACAUGCCAGACGGAAGAAGAAUAUUUCGGCUGGCGGCAAGAGUACUGGGAGCAGCAACUCCUCGAGCAUCGAUCUCGGCCAUCUUGCCAGUCUCAAAGGCCGAUUGGGUGGACCGGGCAAUCGACGCUCUCGGAGUUUUGAUUUUGGCACCAGACAACGCGUCGCCCGUGCUACAAAGCCAAGUGUGGACGCUGACGGUGCUCCCAUGCCUGUCAUAUUUGCGGGCCCGGAAGCUCGAGAAGGACCUGCUGGUAUAACAGCAUUGCCAAUUAUUCGCAAGAACAGCUCCAAAUCCUCCAAAUCCGCCUAUGCAAAAAAGGGACGGUCAGCUGCAUUAGGGACUGGCACCUUGAGGAAUGAUGCUUUGCCACAGCUUCCCACCAUGAAAAGUGUACCUGGUCUAAACACAGCUGCCCAUGACUACAAGUCUAAUGGGCCGCCGCUAUAUGAAUCUACGCCCGUUCCAAGACCGGGGUUCUUUCGUCGUGUCUUCGGCUCAUCUAAAAAUCCUGUGGCUCAUACAGACUCGGGCCUCAAUUUACACCUCUCCCUACACAAAUCGCAUGGUCGAUCUACCCCCGUACAAGAUGAUAACCAGCCUCCAAGCACCCCUACCGGGAGAGGUCCCCGGGCAGCAGUUCGACGAACCUCCACAGAUAUUUCCGCGAACAAGGAGAACCAGCCCGUCAUUACGAAGAAAUCUUCGGCCUUUUUCCGCCGGAGAAAGAAGUCGUUCUCGAACGUCGUCCCUCCUCCCCUUCCCUUGACUUUGAAUGCUGAGUUAAAGGCAGAUGCAGAACCAACCAGUGAAACAAGUCCCGUCAGCAGCUUACGAGCAUUUAUGGAUCCAUACUUGGGGGAGGAACCGCCCCCAGGAGCCGGUCACGGCCGAACAAAUUCCAUGCAGGGCUACUACAAGAAGCCAAUACCACCUCCUGCAUUUGCGCUGCCAAAGGAGUCAGAUAAUCCUUCGGGGAGCCACGCACGAACAGAGUCGCAUAGUAGUAACAAGACCUUGAAGUCCAACCAAAAACCACCAUCCACCUUGCGCAUUCCCCACCAGGACUCUUUUCUUGCUGAUAGCAGCAGCACCGGCAGCACCGAGGAGUCUUCACGAAUAUCAUCCUUUGAUACUACUCAGCAUUCUGAUAGCGAUAGGUCAGCUUUUAGAAAGCGCCAAUCUGCCAACGACCUGCGGGUUGAGCGUUCUGGGUCGUACAAUUCUCUGCCGAAUCCAAGUCCUGAUCCAAGAAAGACAACGCCGCGACAGGGAUCAUGGAAAUCCGAUAAGACAUCUUUAUCAGCCACAGGAAUGGCUCAGUCGCAGACUCAUCAUGCCGAAACUGGUGAGCAUCAUGGCAGCAAGACAACUCUAAACCAGAAGGUGGCAGUAUCGGCACCAGUACGCCAAAGUUCGGUGGUCGAAUCUACUUCCGAUCUCAGUGAAUAUAGAUCCGCCCCUAGCACGCCCCUCAUCAUUGAGGCGCCUGACAACGGCAUUUUGGUGACUCCAUCACAUACGCUUCGACCUGGCCAUUCUCAGGCACAGAUACAAGACCAUAAAAGGAAGGCCCAACAGAUCUUUGAUAACGCUGACGACGAAGUCGAAUCUUCCGAUGCUGGGCCCUGGCUUGGUGAAGCCGGCCCCGACCGUGAACAUGUGCGGAAAGCAUACAUGGAACUGUUUGAUUGGGUCAAUCAGGACAUCUUGGAAUCGCUGCGAGGCCUUUGCGAUCGCAUUGCUUUGAAGGAGUGGUGGAUUCCUUUGCAAGACGAUGGUGCGAAUGCAACCCUGCACACGCUUUUCGAUCGAGUGCUAACACCACCAGAUGUGGUGCAUACGAUAUGUUACUCAAUACUGCUUCUAAACACCGACUUGCAUCUUGCCGAUAUUGGACAGAAGAUGACCAAGGUGCAGUUUGUGCGGAAUGCGCUUCCCACCAUCAAGCAAGUCGCUCAAGUAAACGGUACUGAUGAGACAACACGAGGACUCUCAGUCGACUCAAGGAUGAAUAUGUCUACUCUCGAAGAUUCGAGCAGCGGUCGGACUCCCAAAAAAUCCAUGGAUCCUACCAGCAAUGUCGAUCAGCAAACUUCUGAGGCUAGGCCCGAAGGCCGCCCAGAUGCAGGACCUGGAAGAGCUUGGGAAAUGCAGAUGGAGUCCGUCCUGAGGUCUUUCUACAGUUCAAUCGCACAGGAACCUUUACCACUCUUUGGCUCACCGAUCGACCCGAAUACGCAUUUGAAUGCAUCCAAUAAUUUCCUGACCAUUGGAUCGAAUAUGCUGCGCCGAACACCCAGUGUCUUGAGCAAAGCACAUUCUGAUACACAGCGUGGACGAUUAGGCGGCGAAAGUAAGUCUCUUGGUGCUAGGUGGGCCAGCAAGGCAAGAUCGCGACCUCGUUUGCCAUCAGCACCCGGGUUUGGCUCUAGUAGAACCAGCGUUGACGAGCAGUCGUCCGCCUGGAGUCCAUCGAUGUCGAGCACCUGGAGCAAGGUAUCCCUUGGUAAAACACUAACAUCGAUGUCAGUGGACUCUCUGGGUACUGAGGCCACCCACAACGAUUACCAGUCCUCGAUUGGGUUUGCUAAUGCUUUAAGUCAAGCAAUUAUUCGAGAUGAUCAAAUGGAUUUCCCAGUAGAGGAGAAUAUCAAAGCCGGAGCCUUGCUUGAGGAUGAAUCUCUCGAGCUCUGUGGCGCACCUUGGGCUAAGGAAGGAAUUGUCAAGCACAAAUGUCACUUGGAGGGUGUGGACAAACGGUCCAAAGACCGGAAUUGGAAUGAUUGUUUUGCAGUGAUCGAGAAAGGAUGGAUGAGAUUAUUCUCAUUUUCCAUGACGGCCAAGUCACUCCGAAACAAGGCUCGCACACCUCGGGCAGGAGCAGUUGUAGGAGGAGGCAAUUGGCAAGAGAAUGCGGAAGAAGUAUGGAAGUUUAUGCUUCGUCAUACUAUUGCAAGCUCACUGCCACCGCCAGGGUAUUCCAAAGCGAGACCGUAUGUGUGGGCGUUGAGUCUACCAACCGGUGCAGUGCAUCUUUUCUCGGUUGGAACCCCAGACAUUGUCAAGGAAUUUGUCCACACGGCCAAUUUCUGGAGUGCCCGUCUAUCCAAAGAGCCCAUGAUGGGUGGGAUCAGCAACAUGGAAUACGGUUGGAGCGACGAGGUUGUCAACCGAGCUCUGAUGGUGUCUGAGUCUCAGCCUACCCAUAACGGCGGGUUGAAUGCACGACCAAGCACUCAGAUGUCGAUGCGGAGCUCCAUGGACCAUGUCGGUGGUGUGCGUGCUAAGCUUCCAGGAGACAAGGCCCAGAUCAAGGAAUGGAACCCUCCACAGCAGUCGAUGUUUGCCUCACAAUUACUUGAGGUGGACCAGUUAAGGGCGUUGCAGACAUACGUCAGCAACGUGGAAGAAGAGUUAUCGAAGCACAAUGAGCUUCGGGGGUUGAUGCUUCUUGCCUUCACGACUAAGCAUCCGAAUGCGAACAAGGCAAUGAACAACUGGGAGAAGAAGAGCAGUUACUUGCUCCGUGAGAUCGUCAAGUUCCGGACAUAUAUCGACACGCUGCAAAAUGCAGAGGCCACGAAACAGCGGAUUUAUUCUCUGCGAAAGCAGGAAGAUGCGGCAGUCCGUGCUGAGAUGGAUGCGAGAGCAGUGAAUGCAUAG